AUGUCAAAACUACAGUUGUUGAAUGUGUUUGUUACCGAGCGUUUGUCGGCGGCUGCUGUGGAGAUAUUCGGGGCCGUAGAGAAGACUAUAGCAGAGUAUCAGGAAGAAAUCAGCCGUUCAGCAGAGGAGAACGAGCGUCUACGCAGGCUGUUGGAUUUGGUUAGCAAACCAGAGAUAAAGCUACACAGAGCAGGUUUGUACCAAAUACAGUUGUUGUAACGAGAUUUGACUAAUAGACUAGAUUCAUGUUUUUUUGUUUUUUGUUUUUUUUAUUUAACUGUUAUUUUAUCAGGGAGUCGGUUCAUGUGCAGGGUUGCCAGGUCUUGCAAAAAUGUAUAGGACAAUGACUACUCAACAUGCCCACAAGGCCUGAAAACUAGCCCCAAUUUUUGGGGGGCUCAGUAAGAGAGGAGUUGCCAUGUUUAUCCAAUAAACCCUUUUUCCAUAACGUUAUCGAGCGAAUUAAGAAGGAAUAUCGGCGUAACUACGUAAGAAUCAAAAUGAGGUUUUCCAUCAAAAUAAUAAUUAUUGCGAGCUAACUUGAUGUAUUCGAGAAAUUUGAACAUGUCGCAAGAGAAAAGAUAAAUUGCCAUUAUUAAACUCGCCAGAUCAUUUUCCAUCAAUGGAUGCCGAUUUAACUCGUUUGACUGCUAUGAUUGUAAAUAAAUCGCAUUUGCGCAUGUGUAUAGGUAUAGAUAAAUCCUACAGGAGAGUUUGAGUGAUGAAAGUUGGACAGAGGAUCGAAAUCUGCGCAAGAAACACUUGGACGAACUUCAAAAAACGAAUGUUAGGCUAUUUUCUGGCAAUUGUGUCCUUAUGUGCCAGACUACAAACCGUUAUAAAAUGCCUAGUUGCGAGAUUGGCUUGUCAUUGUAUAGGCAUAGGCUACUGACUAACAUCUGGGUUUAUGAUUGUAAUUAAACAUUGCCAUGGUUUGGUUAGCUAGAUGCAGGUAGCCUAUAGCCCCUGAUAGGCCUAAAUCUAAUUUCAGGUAGCCAAGGCAAGAUGUAUGGUGAACUAUUUAGCAGCUUGCUUAGUUGAAAUGGACAGAAUAAUGUAUUCAACAAAUAGUGAGGCGAUUUCGAGGUAAGAAGUGCUUGUGUUGCCCAAUAGCCUGCUGGAAUAGGCUACUAAGGAUGGGGUCGUAAUUUCAAUCACUGAAUCAAAUAUGAAUAAUAUGGAUAUGAACUAAUAUGCUUGUCAACAACAGCCACUGUUUUUAUUUUUUACCUGUAGCCUAUUCUGACUGACUUAAAUCAAUAUAAUGCAUUCUAACAACAGCUGAUCCGCAAUUGCGAUAGAGCUGUGAGAUCACAAUUUAGAACUUCCAAUUUAAUUAACUAAACAUGGGCAUUAAUAAUUGCAUAAUAACAAGGCUACAUCAUCAAUAAACUGAAGUUAUAGGCUAUUUAUUAAAUCUGUUUGCCAGCUCCAGAUAGGUUACACAAGUGGCACAAAUUGAUUUGCAGUGACUCCAGGUAGGCUACACAAGAGGCACAAAUUGAUUUGAAAUGACUCCAGUGAUAUCUUAAUUUCAACAUAUUGUUUGUAUCAAAUGGUAGGAGGCUAUAGUAGCCUACAAUGGCAUAGAAGUUAGUAGUCUACUUGGUGGCCAACAGAUGCCAAUGUGUUAUUCUCCACAUUUAAUGUCAGUUUUUUUAUUGUGGACUUUUCCCCGCGAGGGAGUUCCCUAACUGCCAUUUCAAAUGUCCACUCGCGCAGCGCUUGAGACUCAAGAACUGCUGCUCACCCCCUUCCGGCCCUCCCCCUCCCCCUCCCCCUCCCCACCACUCACAAAGCAACAGCCUCCCUCACUGCCUGAUAGUCAGCAGCAGCAGGGCACAGUAAAAUAUAUAUAUAUAUAAAAAAGAGAGAAAUGCGAUGGCGGCCGCAGUGCAAUUUAAAAGUAGGCCAAAAACCUGCCCGCGACCAAUUUACCCGCAACAUCGUUUUCAAAGUUGCACAAUUUUCCGGGAAAACCAACGGGCAUGGCAACCCUGUUCAUGUGACACGUUGUGAUAUGUUAAAGGCAGAGGCAAUACGGACACGCCUGAUUCCUAAAUUGAUGACGUAUGUCGCGCAGUUGAGAGUCGAGUGGAGAGGAAUGGAUUCGGUUGAGUUAGUUCAGUCAGUCGUCCUGGUGACACUAGUUUAUACUGUCUAGCUGUCAACAACAGCAUCAUUCGGCUAGUUAAAACGUGUAAAAGUGAUAUUUAUUUCGAUUGGCGAGGGAGAAAUAACUUAUAGUAUUGGUCACCAAUUGGAUAUCACCAUGAUAUGCCAAUUAGCUAACGACGAACUCGAUCCGUUGGAAUACUGCGUUACUUGCGCUAAUUUCAAAGAGCACACCGUAAGCCACGCCCCCUGUGGACAUCGCUAGGCAUGUUGCAGUGGGACACGUUUUAAUACAAAGAAAAGCCUCUCAAUUUAAAAUGGGUCCACCGUGGUUCUGUGUAGCCUAAGUUAUGCUAAUAUAUUUUAGACCAGUGUAUUGUAGGUAAUUUCAUCUGACUUCAGUAAAAUAUAUUUGAGUAGUAACCAGGGUAACAACAAUGAGUCCCAAACAGUUUCUGAGGCUUUACUUUGUAUUAAAAUGUGUCCCCGUGCAGCAUGCCUAUCUCUGCCCACUGGAGCAUGGUUUACGGAGCGCUCUUUGAAAUAAGCGUUCCUAAGCCAUAUUCCAACGGAUCAAGUUCUCACCAUACCUUCGUGGAUGAACAGUGCAGCCGUAUUGUAAUUCCCACUGGGCAGCAGUUGCUUCACCGGGCAUCUGUAUCACAUGUCCCUGGCGGUAGCUACUUGGUCAAUUUGUUCCAUCCCAGUUGAUUAUAUUUCAAGUAGGUUGGCAGCCUACACAAUAAAUAAUGUGUAAUAUUGGUAGUAACCAUCUGGAUGUCACCGUGAUGCAGUCUACUGCUCAAAUGGGGAGAGUUUGCGCUGCAACACAACAACACAGGGCACAGUGUCCUUCAGUCCUGCUUGCUGAGCACUGCUGUCCUGCAGUAGGGAGAGGGAAGUAGCUAGAUAGUGUAGCCAAUUGCCAAUAUCAGGCCAAGGUGACAGCUAAAGCACAUUUAUUGUAGUGAUUUUCACCGAAAAUGUACAACUGCAGCAACGUCAAAAAAAAAAAUAUAUAUAUGAACAAUGGACAAUUACUCAGAUUAAAAAUGGAAUGAAUCUGAACAAUUUUCCAAGUCCCAACAUCAGCGAACAAGUUUCAAAUUCUCAACAGGUCACGUGGGUACAGUAAGGGUGUGGCAUGACUGUAUACAUCUUUGAUAUUAAGCAUCUCAAUCACAUCGCGUGAGUUCGCAUAGGUUGUUUGGUGACCCGUUACUAAACCAAAUCCAUUCAUCCCCACUCAACUCCCGCUGCACGACAUACCAGAAACAAAAUUGUAGACCUGCACCAGGCUUGGAAGACUGAAUCUGCAAUAGGUAAGCAGCUUGGUUUGAAGAAAUCAACUGUGGGAGCAAUUAUUAGGAAAUGGAAGACAUACAAGACCACUGAUAAUCUCCCUCGAUCUGGGGCUCUACGCAAGAUCUCACCCCGUGGGGUCAAAAUGAUCACAAGAACGGUGAGCAAAAAUCCCAGAACCACACGGGGGGACCUAGUGAAUGACCUGCAGAGAGCUUGGACCAAAGUAACAAAGCCUACCAUCAGUAACACACUACGCCGCCAGGGACUCAAAUCCUGCAGUGCCAGACGUGUCCCCCUGCUUAAGCCAGUACAUGUCCAGGCCCGUCUGAAGUUUGCUAGAGUGCAUUUGGAUGUUCCAGAAGAGGAUUGGGAGAAUGUCAUAUGGUCAGAUGAAACCAAAAUAGAACUUUUUGGUAAAAACUCAACUCGUCGUGUUCGGAGGACAAAGAAUGCUGAGUUGCAUCCAAAGAACACCAUACCUACUGUGAAGCAUGGGGGUGGAAACAUCAUGCUUUGGGGCUGUUUUUCUGCAAAGGGACCAGGACGACUGAUCCGUGUAAAGGAAAGAAUGAAUGGGGCCAUGUAUCGUCAGAUUUUGAGUGAAAACCUCCUUCCAUCAGCAAGGGCAUUGAAGAUGAAACGUGGCUGGGUCUUUCAGCAUGACAAUGAUCCCAAACACACCGCCUGGGCAACGAAGGAGUGGCUUCGUAAGAAGCAUUUCAUGGUCCUGGAGUGGCCUAGCCAGUCUCCAGAUCUCAACCCCAUAGAAAAUCUUUGGAGGGAGUUGAAAGUCUGUGUUGCCCAGCGACAGCCCCAAAACAUCACCGCUCUAGAGGAGAUCUGCAUGGAGGAAUGGGCCAAAAUACCAGCAACAGUGUGUGAAAACCUUGUGAAGACUUACAGAAAACGUUUGACCUGUGUCAUUGCCAACAAGGGGUAUAUAACAAAGUAUUGAGAAACUUUGUCAUCAAUUUUGGGUACCAGGCGUGUCCGGAUAGCCUCCUCCCAUGCUAAAGAGAUUUGUCUCUUCCUCGAUCGUCACUAGAUACCCCAGCCACACAGUCAUAAAUAUCUCCUAUUUCUAAAAUGUCUCUUCUUAAAAUGUGAUUUUAAACUUAACCCUAACCACACUGCUAACCUUAUGCCUAAUCUUACAUUUUGACUUUGUGGCUGUGGAAACCCUUCCUCUCUGGCUAUACGCACCCUUGGAUGAAACUCUGGUUUGCCAACAUUGCUUUGUUAAAUCAUGUGCUGGGGGAGCGGCUCUAAGGACACUCCUGACCUGUAAAUGACUAACCAAAAUCUAAAACUGACCCUUACCUUAACCCUAACCCUGAACUUAAACUAAUUUUAACUAAUUCUGAAAUAAAAUAUAGUUUUGCAGAUCAGGAGUGUCCGUAUAGCCUUUUCAGUGCUGUAUAGUGUAGACUAGUCAAGAAAAUAUAUUUAUUUUUGAGCACAGAGCGGCCUUCCAAACAACAUUUCAGAUAUUUUAUUAAAGCUGGAAUAUGUAACUUUUUGGGCGACCUGACCAAAUUCACAUAGAAAUGUGAGUUAUAGACCUGUCAUUCUCAUUGAAAGCAAGUCUAAGAGGCGGUAGAGCUGUUCUAUGCGCACUUUCUAUGCUUUCCGUUUUUGCGUCUUUUACUUUCGGUUUUGUACACCAGCUUCAAACAGCUGAAAAUAACAUAAUUUUGGUGAUGGAAAAUAUAUUUCACAGCGGUUUAGAUGGUACAAUGAUUCACUACUACUUGCUUGUUUUGUCACAAAGAAUGUUAGCAACCAGGAAAUUACGGAGCGAUUUCUGCAUAGUGCACCAUUUAAGAUAUUUUUUCCCCCUCCAGACUUCCAGCUACUCACUCCUGCAGUUCCCCCUGAGCAGCAGAACUGUAAGCAGGAGUGGAGCCCCAGUCUGGGGCAGGAGGACCCAGAACCCACACAGAUUAAAGAGGAACAACAGGAGCUCAGACUCAGUCAGGAGGACUCACCUCAGCCCUCACAUCUUUACCAAAUCCAAAUUGUGGAUGACGGAGAGAGGGGUAUUCUACCUAUCAUCAUAACUGAAGAGAUCAAAACAGAACCUGAUGGAGAGGGCUACAAAGUACCAGAACCAACCAGUGAUCAGCCCCUCUCAGUUCAUCCAGACUGCUCUGCUGCAGUGGAGAAAACCAUAUAGGUGUCAACAAUGUGACAAAAGCUUUACACGUAAGGGACACUUGACCAUCCAUUCAAAGAUACACACAGGAGAGAAAUCUUAUCUGUGCAAACAAUGUGGCAAAAGCUUCAUCCAGAAGGGCGACUUGGACAGACAUACAAGGGUACACACAGGAGAUAAUCCAUAUCAGUGCAAACAAUGUGGCAAAAUGUUUAACCAGAAAGGAAGCUUGACCAUCCAUUCAAGGAUACACACAGGGGCAAAACCUUAUCAGUGCAAAGACUGUGACAAAUCCUUCAACCAGAAGAUGGAAUUGAUAUUGCAUAUGAGAGUUCACACAGGGGAGAGACCAUAUAAUUGUCCUGUAUGCAAGAAAAGGUUACAUGGCAUUAAGCUAUUUAAGACUUCAUCAGCGUGUUCACACCGGGGAGAAACCUUACCAGUGCAAAGAAUGUGGCAAAUGCUUUGGUUAUAAAGGAAGCUUGAAGUCUCAUAUGAGCACUCACACAAAAGCUUCAGCCUGAAGUGAGAACAACAAAUGAUUACUCACGUGAAUUUCUUGUUACAUCCAACUUGUAAAUAAUUUGAUGUUCUAUUUUCUGGCACUUGACAACAAAACAAAUGUAGUUAUGUGUGUGGAGUGAAAAACAUCAGUAUCAGAUUUGUAAGCUCAUUUUAGCGCUCACUUUUUUCGGAUACCUACCGGCCAGGACAAUGAGGGAAUUUGACUGCUGGCCCGGGUGAAAAGUGAUUGCAUCCGUUUUGAAACCAGGCUGCCUCACAGGCGUGAGCCACUCCUCCCUCACUGUGUUUGCCCGGUCACAUGACAGGCCAUAGCCCGGUGCACCACGGUUCAACCUAAUCGAACUCCCUCACUGCUGGCUUCAGGAAGCCCUCAUUGUUGUGUCUACCACAGAGCACACAUUUGGAUAUCUAAACAACAGGAGUCCUUGUCCAAACUUUUGACUGGUACUCUAUGUAUGUAUAUAUACAGUACCAGUCAAAAGUUUGGACACACCUACUCAUUCCAGGGUUUUUCUUUAUGUUGUAGAAUAAUAGUGAAGACAUCAAAACAAUGAAAUAACACAUAUGGAAACAUGUAGUAACCAAAAAAGUGUUAAACAAAUCAAAAUAUAUUUUAUAUUUGAGAUUCUUCAAAGUAGCCACCCUUUGCCUUGAUGACAGAUUUGCACACUUUUGACAUUCUCUCAACCAGCUUCAUGAGGUAGUCACCUGGAAUGCAUUUCAAUUAACAGGUGUGCUUUUUUAAAAGUUAAUUUGUAGAAUUUCCUUCCUUAAUGCAUUUGAAACAAUCAGUUGUUUUGUGACAAGGUAGGGGUGGUAUACAGAUACGCCAUCACAUCUGGUUUGGGCUCAGUGGGACUAUCAUUUGUUUUCAACAGGACAAUGACCUAACACAUCUCCAGGCUGUGGAAGGGCUAUUUUACCAAGAAGGAGAGUGAUGGGGUGACCUGGCCUCCAGAAUCCCCCGACCUCAACCCAAUUGAGAUGGUUUAGGAUGAGUCGGACCCCAGAGUGAAGGAAAAGCAGCCAACAAGUGCUCAGCAUACACUACCGUUCGAAAGUUUGGGGUCACUUAGAAAUGUCCUUGUUUUCCAUGAAAACAUACAUGAAAUUAGUUUGAAUAGGAAAUAUAGCUAAAUAAAUAGGAAAUGUAGUCAUUGACAAGGUUUGAAAUAAUAAUUGUGUCCUUCAAACUUUGCUUUCGUCAAAUAAUUCUCAAUUUGCAGCAAUUACAGCCGUGCAGACCUUUGGCGUUCUAGUUGUCAAUUUGUUGAGGUAAUCUGAAGAGAUGUCACCCCAUGCUUUCUGAAGCACCUCCCCCAAGUUGGAUUGGCUUGAUGGGCUCUUCUUACGGUCAAGCUGCUCCCACAACAGCUCAAUAGGGUUGAGAUCCGGUGACUGUGCUGGCCACUCCAUUAUAGACAUAAUACCAGCUGACUGCUUCUUCCCUAAAUAGUUAUUGCAUAGUUUGGAGCUGUGCUUUGGGUCAUUGUCCUAGUUGUAGGAGGAAAUUGGCUCCGAUCAAGCGCCAUCCACAGGGUAUGACAUGGCGUUGCAAAAUGGAGUGAUAGCCUUCCUUCUUCAAGAUCCCUUUUACCCUGUACAAAUCUCCCACUUUACCACCACCAAAGCACCCCCAGACCAUCACAUUGCCUCCACCAUGCUUGACAGAUGGCAUCAAGCACUCCUCCAGCAUCUUUUCAUUUGGUCUGUGUCUCACAAAUGUUCUUCUUUGUGAUCCGAACACCUCAAACUUCGAUUUGUCUGUCCAUAACACUUUUUUCCAAUCUUCCUCUGUCCAGUGUCUAUGUUCUUUUGCCCAUCUUAAUAUUUUUAUUGGCCAGUCUGAGAUAUGGCUUUUUCUUUGCAACUCUGCCUAGAAGGUCAGCAUCCCGGAGUCGCCACUUCACUGUUGACGUUAAGACUGGUGUUUUGAGGGUACUAUUUAAUGAAGCUGCCAAUUGAGGACCUGUGAGGCGUCUGUUUCUCAAACUAGACACUAAUGUAUUUGUCCUCUUGCUCAGUUGUGCAUCGGGGCCUCCCACUCCUCUUUCUAUUCUGGUUAGAGCCAGUUUGCGCUGUUCUGUGAAGGGAGUAGUACACAGCGUUGUACGAGAUCUUCAGUUUCUUGGCAAUUUCUCGCAUGGAAUAGCCUUCAUUUCUCAGAACAAGAAUAGACUGACGAGUUUCAGAAGAAAGUUAUUUGUUUCUGGCCAUUUUGAGCCUGUAAUCGAACCCACAAUUGCUGAUGCUCCAGAUACUCAACUAGUCUCAAGAAGGCCCGUUUUAUUGCUUCUUUAAUCAGCACAACAGUUUUCAGCUGUGCUAACAUAAUUGCAAAAGGGUUUUCUAAUGAUCAAUUAGCCUUUUAAAAUGAUAAACUAGGAUUAGCAAACACAACGUGUCAUUGGAACACAGGACUGAUGGUUGCUGAUAAUGGGCCUCUGUACACCCAUGUAGAUAUUCCGUUAAAAAUCAGCCGUUUCCAGCUACAAUAGCCAUUAACAAUGUCUACACUGUAUUUCUGAUCAAUUUGAUGUUAUUUUAAUGGACAAAACAUUUGCAUUUCUUUCGAAAACAAGGACAUUUCUAAGUGACCCCAAACUUUUGAACGGGAGUGUAUGUGGGAACUCCUUCAAGACUAUUGGGAAAGCAUUCCAGGUGAAGCUGGUUGAGAGAAUGCCAAGAGUGUGCAAAGCUGUCAUCAAGGCAAUGGGUGGCUGUUUAAAGAAUCUCAAAUAUAAAAUAUAUUUUGAUUUGUUGAACAUUUUUUUUGGUGUUUUUCAUGUGUUAUUUCAUAGUUUUGAUGUCUUCACUAUUAUUCUACAAUGUAGAAAAUAGUAAAAAAUAAAGAAAAAUCCUGGAAUGAGUAGGUGUGUCCAAACUUUUGACUGGUGCUGUGUGAAUGUAUAUAUAUACAGUGGGGAGAACAAGUAUUUGAUACACUGCCGAUUUUGCAGGUUUUCCUACUUACAAAGCAUGUAUAGGUCUGUAAUUUUUAUCAUAGGUACACUUCAACUGUGAGAGACGGACUCUAAAACAAAAAUCCAGAAAAUCACAUUGUAUGAUUUUUAAGUAAUUCAUUUGCAUUUAUUGCAUGACAUAAGUAUUUGAUACAUCAGAAAAGCAGAACUUAAUAUUUGGUACAGAAACCUUUGUUUGCAAUUACAGAGAUCAUAAGUUUCCUGUAGGUCUUGACCAGGUUUGCACACACUGCAGCAGGGAUUUUGGCCCACUCCUCCAUACAGACCUUCUCCAGAUCCUUCAGGUUUCGGGGCUGUCGCUGGGCAAUACGGACUUUCAGCUCCCUCCAAAGAUUUUCUAUUGGGUUCAGGUCUGGAGACUGGCUAGGCCACUCCAGGACCUUGAGAUGCUUCUUACGGAGCCACUCCAUAGUUGCCCUGGCUGUGUGUUUCGGGUUGUUGUCAUGCUGGAAGACCCAGCCACGACCCAUCUUCAAUGCUCUUACUGAGGGAAGGAGGUUGUUGGUCAAGAUCUCGUGAUACAUGGCCCCAUCCAUCCUCCCCUCAAUACGGUGCAGUCGUCCUGUCCCCUUUGCACAAAAGCAACCCCAAAGAAUGAUGUUUCCACCUCCAUGCUUCACGGUUGGGAUGGUGUUCUUGGGGUUGUACUCAUCCUUCUUCUUCCUCCAAACACGGCGAGGGGAGUUUAGACCAAAAAGCUCUAUUUUUGUCUCAUCAGACCACAUGACCUUCUCCCAUUCCUCCUCUGGAUCAUCCAUAUGGUCAUUGGCAAACUUCAGACGGGCCUGGACAUGUGCUGGCUUGAGCAGGGGGACAUUGCGUGCGCUGCAGGAUUUUAAUCCAUGACGGCGUAGUGUGUUACUAAUGGUUUUCUUUGAGACUGUGGUCCCAGCUCUCUUCAGGUCAUUGACCAGGUCCUGCCGUGUAGUUCUGGGCUGAUCCCUCACCUUCCUCAUGAUCAUUGAUGCCCCACGAGGUGAGAUCUUGCAUGGAGCCCCAGACCGAGGGUGAUUGACCGUCAUCUUGAACUUCUUCUAUUUUCUAAUAAUUGCGCCAACAGUUGUUGCCUUCUCACCAAGCUGCUUGCCUAUUGUCCUGUAGCCCAUCCCAGCCUUGUGCAGGUCUACAAUUCUAUCCCUGAUGUCCUUACACAGCUCUCUGGUCUUGGCCAUUGUGGAGAGGUUGGAGUCUGUUUGAGUGUGUGGACAGGUGUCUUUUAUACAGGUAACGAGUUCAAACAGGUGCAGUUAAUACAGGUAAUGAGUGGAGAACAGGAGGGCUUCUUAAAGAAAAACUAACAGGUCUGUGAGAGCCGGAAUUCUUACUGGUUGGUAGGUGAUCAAAUACUUAUGUCAUGCAAUAAAAUGCAAAUUAAUUACUUAAAAAUCAUACAUACAUACAUGUGAUUUUCUGGAUUUUUGUUUUAGAUUCCGUCUCUCACAGUUGAAGUGUACCUAUGAUAAAAAUUACAGACCUCUACAUGCUUUGUAAGUAGGAAAACCUGCAAAAUCGGCAGUGUAUCAAAUACUUGUUCUCCCCACUAUAUAUAUAUAUAUAUAUAUAUAUAUAUAUAUAUAUAUACACACACUUUUUAUUUUAUUAUUUUAUAUAUAUAUAUAUAAUGGACAACAACACUUAUGAUCCUACUUCCAGCUUAUACAUACUAUAUACAUUUUACGGACACAGUAUAUUUUACAAUAGUUAUCUUUUGUUUGUUUUUAGUCCCAUCCUUCAGCUAUCCUCAACCCCUCCCAUCUAUCUCUGAAGACCAUCCAGUUUUGAUUUCUAUUUGCCAUAUAUUUUCCAACUGUGCUGUUUCACAAAAGUUCUGAACCAAUAUACUUUUUACGGACACAGUAUAUUUUACAUUAGUUAGCUUGAUAUUUUAAGUCCCACCCUUCAGCUCCACUCAACCCCUCUCCUCUCAUCUAUCUCUGAACACCAUCCAGUUUGAUUUCUAUUUGCCAUAUUUUUUAACUGUGCUGUGAUGUUUCAGAAAAGUUCUGAAACUUUCUAUUCUCAUAGUUUCUACAGAUUUUAAAUAAAAGUAAAAAUUUUGCUAAGAGUAUUAUUAUAUUAUUGAUCAUUUUAAACAUGUUUUUGUUUUUGUUUUACAUUUUAAACAUUUCAAAACAUUUUAGACAUUUAGCAGACAGACAAUUGAUCGAUUGACUAUGACUUUUAAAAUCACCCGGCAGUGCUAUUUCCAGAGUUAACUCCAGGUAAAUGUUGCAACUCUUCAGCCAUUCCUGAACCUGUGACCUUAAAAACAAGCUACAUAUGGACAGUACCAAAACAAAUGAUCUAAUGAUUCUGUCUCUUCACAGCAAGAUCUACAGAGCUGGGAUGGUUGUAUCCCCCAUAUAUAUAACAUUCUAUUGGUUGCAAGAAUUUUGUAUAAUAAUUUAAAUUGAAAAACACAAAGUUUUGAAUCCAGUGUCGUUUUGUGUAUCAGUUCAUAAACCAUGUGCCAUGGAAUCGGUACAUCGAAUAUCUCUUGCCAAUUAUUUUGCAAUCUAUAUGGCACAGCUGUCAAUUUUUUGGUCCUGAAAUUAAACUGGUAUACAUUUUUAUUUAUCACAAUUUUCUUUAACCAAUUUUGGUCUUUAAUGUAGGGCCGACAGACAAGUUCCUUAUUGUUGUAAUGUUUGUUCUGUCUUUUCUGGUGGAUUAAACUGAAAUUGCAACCAACUUUCUAUGGCUUGUUUUAAAAAUAGCGAUAUUUUGGAGAUUAUUUCAUUUUCAAAUAACCGAAAGUGAGAGGUUGUAAUCUGAAUAAAGGGAAAAAAGGCCAUUCUUGAAUAUGGGGUGAGACAUUCUUAGUAUUCUGCAAGAGAACCAGUUCGGAUUUAAGUAUAACUUUUGUAUGACUGAAGCCUUUAGUGAGAGGUCUAAUGCUUUAAUAUUUAAUCAUUUCUGCCCUCAGAGUUCAUAUUCAUUAUAUAAAUAGGCCUGUUUAAUUUUGUCUGGUUUACCGUUCCAAAUAAAAUGGAAUAUUUUUUGCUCAUAUAACAAGUCGCUAGUUGUAGGCCAUAAGCAAACUGGGAUAUGAUUUAAGAGUUAAUCUGUGAUUUUUCCACAAAUAGACAGGUAUUUUCCUUUCCAUGGUUGCAAGAUCUUAUCUAUUUUUGCUAACUUUCUAUUCAAAUGUAUUGUAGUGAGAUCAUUUAUUUAUUUCGGGAUAUGAAUACUGAGUAUGUCCACUUCACCGUCAGACCAUUGUUUUGGGUAAACUACACAGUAAUGUAAAAGUUGUAUUUACUGGUGAUCCAAUACAUAAUAUAGUACAUUUAUCAUAAUUUGGUUGUAAUCCAGAGAGGUUAGACAAAUUAUCUAGAUCCUCUAUGAGGCUGUGGAGGGAUCCAAAUUGUAGAUUUAAAAGAAAACAUUAAUCAUCAGCGUACAAUGACACCUUUUGUUUUUAAGCCCUGGAUUUCUAGCCCCUUGAUAUUAUUGUUAGAUCUGAUUUUAAUAGCUAACAUUUCGAUGGCCAUAAUAAAUCAAAUCAAAUGUUAUUUGUCACAUGCGCUGAAUACAACAGAUGUAGACCUUACAGUGAAAUGCUUACUUACAAGCCCUUAACCAACAAUGCAGUUUUAAGAAAGAAUACCAAAAGAAAUCACACAAAAAUACAAUAUAAAAUAAUACGCAUAAGAGACGGGUAACAGCAACAUGUACAAAAUAAGUUACAAACAAGGUGAAAAAACACACAAAAUAGCACGGAUGGUUAAGAGUCCACAAAACGGCAGCCAUCCCCUCCGGCUCCAUCAUAACAGCAAUAGAUAUGCCGAUAGUGGACAACCUUGUUUUACUCCUCUUGACAGUUUAAUACUUUCUGAGAAGCAGCCAUUAUUUACUAUUUUACACAUACAGUGAGGGAAAAAAGUAUUUGAUCCCCUGCUGAUUUUGUACGUUUGACCACUGACAAAGACAUGAUCAGUCUAUAAUUUUAAUGGUACGUUUAUUUGAACAGUGAGAGACAGAAUAACAACAACAAAAUCUAGAAAAAACGCAUGUCAAAAAUGUUAUAAGUUGAUUUGCAUUUUAAUGAGGGAAAUAAGUAUUUGACCCCUCUGUAAAACAUGACUUGGUGGCAAAACCCUUGUUGGCAAUCACAGAGGUCAGACGUUUCUUGUAGUUGGCCACCAGGUUUGCACACAUCUCAGGAGGGAUUUUGUCCCACUCCUCUUUGCAGAUCUUCUCCAAGUCAUUAAGGUUUCGAGGCUGACGUUUGGCAACUCGAACCUUCAGCUCCCUCCACAGAUUUUCAAUGGGAUUAAGGUCUGGAGACUGGCUAGGCCACUCCAGGACCUUAAUGUGCUUCUUCUUGAGCCACUCCUUUGUUGCCUUGGCCGUGUGUUUUGGGUCAUUGUCAUGCUGGAAUACCCAUCCACGACCCAUUUUCAAUGCCCUGGCUGAGGGAAGGAGGUUCUCACCCAAGAUUUGACGGUACAUGGCCCCGUCCAUCGUCCCUUUGAUGCGGUGAAGUUGUCCUGUCCCCUUAGCAGAAAAACACCCCCAAAGCAUAAUGUUUCCACCUCCAUGUUUGACGGUGGGGAUGGUGUUCUUGGGGUCAUAGGCAGCAUUCCUCCUCCUCCAAACACGGCGAGUUGAGUUGAUGCCAAAGAGCUCGAUUUUGGUCUCAUCUGACCACAACACUUUCACCCAGUUCUCCUCUGAAUCAUUCAGAUGUUCAUUGGCAAACUUCAGACGGGCCUGUAUAUGUGCUUUCUUGAGCAGGGGGACCUUGCGGGCGCUGCAGGAUUUCAGUCCUUCACGGCGUAGUGUGUUACCAAUUGUUUUCUUGGUGACUAUGGUCCCAGCUGCCUUGAGAUCAUUGACAAGAUCCUCCCGUGUAGUUCUGGACUGAUUCCUCACCGUUCUCAUGAUCAUUGCAACUCCACGAGGUGAGAUCUUGCAUGUUUCUUCCAUUUGCGAAUAAUCUCACCAACUGUUGUCACCUUCUCACCAAGCUGCUUGGCGAUGGUCUUGUAGCCCAUUCCAGCCUUGUGUAGGUCUACAAUCUUGUCCCUGACAUCUUUGGAGAGCUCUUUGGUCUUGGCUAUGGUGGAGAGUUUGGAAUCUGAUUGAUUGAUUGCUUCUGUGGACAGGUGUCUUUUAUACAGGUAACAAGCUGAGAUUAGGAGCACUCCCUUUAAGAGUGUGCUCCUAUUCUCAGCUCAUUACCUAUGUAAAAAACACCUGGGAGCCAGAAAUCUUUCUGAUUGAGAGGGGGUCAAAUACUUAUUUCCCUCAUUAAAAUGCAAAUCAAUUGAUAACAUUUUUGACAUGCGUUUUUCUGGAUUUUUGUUUUGUUAUUCUGUCUCUCACUGUUCAAAUAAACCUACCAUUAAAAUUAUAGACUGAUCAUGUCUUUGUCAGUGGGCAAACGUACAAAAUCAGCAGGGGAUCAAAUACUUUUUUCCCCUCACUGUAGGGUUACUAUACAUAACUUUAACCAAUUGUAUAAGUGAUUCUCCAAAAUUGAAAUAUUCCAGGCAUUUAUAUAUACAUUCCAAUCGAACAUAGAGUUCUAUUGUUUCCAGUACUUGUCUUAUAUUUUAUUAAAAGAAACAUCCUCUCACUGUCAACUGCGUUUAUUUUCAGCAAACUUAACAUGUGUAAAUAUUUGUAUGAACAUAACAAGAUUCAACAACUGAGACAUACACUGAACAAGUUCCACAGACAUGUGACUAACAUAAAUUGAAUAAUGUGUCCCUGAACAAAGGGGGCGGUCAAAAUCAAAAGUAACAGUCAGUAUCUGGUGUGGCCACCAGCUGCAUUAAGUACUGCAGUGCAUCUCCUCAUGGACUGCACCAGAUUUGCCAGUUCUUGCUGUGAGAUGUUACCCCACUCUUCCACCAAGGCACCUGCAAGUUCCCGAACAUUUCUGGAGGAAUGGCCCUAGCCCUCACCCUCCGAUCCAACAGGUCCCAGAAGUGCUCAAUGGGAUUGAGAUCCGGGCUCUUCGCUGGCCAUGGCAGAACACUGACAUUCCUGUCUUGCAGGAAAUCACGCACAGAACGAGCAGUAUGGCUGGUGGCAUUGUCAUGCUGGAGGGUCAUGUCAGGAUGAGCCUGCAGGAAGGGUACCACAUGAGGGAGGAGGAUGUCUUCCCUGUAACGCACAGCGUUGAGAUUGCCUGCAAUGAUACCAAGCUCAGUCCGAUGAUGCUGUGACACACCGCCCCAAACCAUGACGGACCCUCCACCUCCAAAUCGAUCCCGCUCCAGAGUACAGGCCUCGGUGUAACGCUCAUUCCUUCGAUGAUAAACGCGAAUCCGACCAUCACCCCUGGUGAGACAAAACUGCGACUCGUCAGUGAAGAGCACUUUUUGCCAGUCCUGUCUGGUCCAGCGACGGUGGGUUUGUGCCCAUAGGUGACGUUGUUGCCAGUGAUGUCUGGUGAGGACCUGCCUUACAACAGGCCUACAAGCCCUCAGUCCAGCCUCUCUCAGCCUAUUGCGGACAGUCUGAGCACUGAUGGAGGGAUUGUGCGUUCCUGAUGUAACUCGGGCAGUUGUUGUUGCCAUCCUGUACCUGUCCCGCAGGUGUGAUGUUCGGAUGUACCCAUCCUGUGCAGGUGUUGUUACAUGUGGUCUGCCACUGCAAGGACGAUCAGCUGUCCGUCCUGUCUCCCUGUAGCGCUGUCUUAGGUGUCUCACAGUACAGACAUUGCAAUUUAUUGCCCUGGCCACAUCUGCAGUCCUCAUGCCUCCUUGCAGCAUGCCUAAGGCACAUUCACGCAGAUGAGCAGGGACCCUGGGCAUCUUUCUUUUGGUGUUUUUCAGAGUCAGUAGAAAGGCCUCUUUAGUGUCCUAAGUUUUCAUAACUGUGACCUUAAUUGCCUACCAUCUGUAAGCUGUUAGUGUCUUAACGCCCGUUCCACAGGUGCAUGUUCAUUAAUUGUUUAUGGUUAAUUGAACAAGCAUAGGAAACAGUUUAUUUUUCUGCUGAGUUUAUUAUAUCCAAUGUAUCGUCCAUGUAAAAAACAUAUCUGAUUAGGAUGAAUAAUAUCCAACAAUACCUUUUUAAUUCUAUGCACUACGCAUUUUGCGUAGUGUAAGGGGCCUCCAAUUUCUUUAAUGGGCUGGAUCUUUACAUUUACCACUUGGGUCCUGUUUCAGUAAUAAUUAAAUCAGACUGUCUUGUUGAGUAUCUGAUAAUCUACAAUUUUUAUAGGAGCGGUUAAAACAUGCUAAUAACGGUACUCUGAGUACAUCAAAAAAGGUUUGGUAUUAUGUAUGUUUUAAUAAAGUUGUUUUUUCAAUGGAUGUCAUAGAGGUGUGGGCAGUCAUAAAAAAUAUUCACGCGAGUAGACCACUGAUUGGCCAGCUCAUCCUCCUCUAGAACGCUGAUUGGCCAGCUCAUCCUCAGGAGUAUGACAUCAUACUCAAUGGCAAUCAUUUUUAAACGGUCUGUUUGAGAUAAAAGUUUGAGGUGGGUUUUUUAAAGUGUUUUCUCUCCAAUUUAUGCUUUGGCCACAUACGAGUAUAUGACGAGUCAACAACAUUAUUUGGGUAUGAGUUAACAGAAUAUGAACUUUCAAAAGUUCGGUUUUUCACUGGACAGUUACUGUAAUACAUCCUCUCAAUCAGCUCUAUUCCCUGCCUUUUACCCCCAACCCUAUCCUGAACUGUAAGGGGAAUGCAAGAAUAUCUGGGCCCGUAUUCAUAAAGCGUCUCACAUGAGUGCGGAUCUAGGAUCAGAUCGCCCCUGUCCAGUCAUUAUAAUCUAAAAGGCAAAACUGAUCCUGUAUCAGCGCUCCUACUCUGAGACGCUUUGUGACUAUUGGCCCUUACCUAGCUACAGAUUGGUUAUGUCACAUUAUCUGGCGUACAAAGAUUUUUGGUGUCCAUUACUGGCCGUUACAGGAAAGCCCCACACAAACUGCCUCCAUUGAUUUUUUUAACUAACCUGUUCUUGUCAAUACUUUCUUCGUUCUCGAUUCGGUGAACAUUUCUUAGAAAUGUCAAUUUCCAGUUUCAGGUGAUUCUACAAAAACAAGUGAAAACUCAGAAAGAUAUUAAAUCCAUGUUUUGUAUCGUGCAUGGAGGUUCCUCGCCAUCUUAGCUGUCGCACAUCUAGCAACUAGUCGUUUCUAUGCGAAGCAUCAACGGCCACGUGUAGAAGUAGAUGCCAGCGUGUUACACAGUGUGACCAAAACAAAGAUCUACACACAUGCAAGAGGCAUAUCUCACUCUCUACAAAACAUGGAUGUAGUAUCUUUCUGAAUUUUCGCUGCUGAGAACAGGUUAGUUGAAAAAUCUAUGGCGGUGGCUUCUUUCGGGCAUUCCUGGAACGCCCAGUGAUGGACAUAAAAAAUAACCAGCAUUCAUAACCAUCAUCAAUAUGUGCAAACUACAGUUGUUGAAUGUGUUCGUCACCGAGCGUUUAUCGGCGGCUGCUGUGGAGAUAUUCUGGGCUGUGGCGAAGACCAUAGCAGAGUAUCAGGAAGAGAUCUGCCGUUCAGCAGAGGAGAACCAAGGUUAUGUAUGUAACCACGGUUAUGUGAGCUAUUGGAUCCCUCCAAUAUGGUAUCCUGCAAUAAGGUAUCCUUCCGUGCAGCAGGAUACAUUCCGAGUAAGGAUUUCAAAUUAGUCCUGUGUACCGGGUAGUGCUGAGGCUGCGGAUGAACCCCUUAAAUAGCUGCCGCCACACUACUUCCACCUCGUGUCCUUUGUCGAGGUGCCGUAGAUCACCGACAAAGAGGAUUGGAGUGAUCCAAUAGCUCACAUAACCAUGGUUACAUACGUAACCUUCGUUAUGUAGCACUAUAUUGGAUCACUCCAAUAUGGUAUCAUAAUACCAGAUUAAUCUGUGAACUAAGGGCCAGAAAGAGAGCAAAGUGCUCAGGGCAGUCAUAGUUGCUGUGUCCCUCCGUCCCCCCUCAGGGAAGCGGAAGCAACACCCAGCGCAGCCGUCCCGACCUCAUUGGCGGGAGUAACAUUGACUCGAUAGUACCUAGAAAAGGUGCUAUACGAUGCCCAACUGGCCGAGGUGAAAAUGUCAUUGAGGGAAACUCCUCAGAGCAGGGCCCACAAUGUGGCUACUCCUCUAGUAGAAUGUGCCACUACAGUAGACGGCAGACGCCAGCUGGCCAGCUGAUAUACUGUAGUAAUAGUGUCCACAAUCCAAUGUGAGAGUCUUUGUAUCGAUAGGCUCUGGCCCAGAACUCUCUCACUAUAGUAAACGAAUAGCCAAUCAGACUGUCGUAUUGCCUGUUUCUGUGUAAAGUAAGUGUCCAAGGUCCUGGCCGGGCACAGCACACACUUGGGGAAAAACACCCAUCUCACCCGCAGCCGUGGGAGGGGCAUACAGUGCAUUUGGAAAGUUUUCAGACCUGUUCCCUUUUUCCACAUUUUGUUAUGUUACAGCCUUACUCUAAAAUUGAUUAAAUACAUGUUUUCUUCAUCAAUCUACACACAAUACCCCAUAAUGACAAAGCGAAAACAGGUUUUUAGAAAUGUUGGCAAAUUUAUAUAAAUACAUUUUAAAUAUAGCAUAUUAACAUAAGUAUUCAGACCCUUUGCUAUGAGACUCGAAAUUGAGCUCAGGUGCAUCCUGUUUCCAUUGAUCAUCCUUAACGAUGUUUCUACAACUUCAUUGGAGUCCACCUGUGGUGAAUUCAAUUGAUUGGACAUGAUUUGGAAAGGCACACCUGUCUAUAUAAGGUCCCACAGUUGACAGUGCAUGUCAGAGCGAAAACCAAGCUAUGAGGUCGAAGGAAUUGUCCGUAGAGCUCCGAGACAGGAUUGUGUCGAGGCACAGAUCUGGGUAAGGGUGCCAAAAAAAUUCUGCAGCAUUGAAGGUCCCGAAGAACACAGUGGCCUCCAUCACUCUUAAAUGGAAGAAGUUCGGAACCACCAAGACUCUUCCUAGAGCUGGCAGCCCGGCCAAACUGAGUAAUCAGGGGAGAAGGGCUUUGGUCAGGGAGGUGACCAAGAAGCCAAUGGUCACUCUGUCAGAGCUCUAGAGUUCCUCUGUGGAGAUGGGAGAACCUUCCAGAAGGACAACCAUCUCUGCAGCACUCCACCAAUCAGGUCUUUAUGUGGCCAGACAGAAGCCACUCCUCAGUAAAAGGCACAUGACAGCCCACUUGGAGUUUGCCAAAAGGCACCUAAAGGACUCUCAGACCAUGAGAGACAAGAUUCUCUGGUCUGAUGAAACCAAGAUUGAACUCUUUGGCCUGAAUUCCAAGCAUCACGUCUGGAGGAAACCUGGCACCAUCCCUACGGUGAAGCAUAGUGGUGGCAGCAUCAUGCUGUGGGGAUGUUUUUCAGCGGCAGGGACUGGGAGACUAGUCAGGAUCGAGGGGAAGAUGAACGAAGCAAAGUACAGAGAGAUCCUUGAUGAAAACCUGCUCCGGAGUGCUCAGGACAUCAGACUGGAGCGAAGGUUCAACGACCCUAAGCACACAGCCAAGACAAUGCAGGAGUGGCUUCGGGACAAAUCUCUAAAUGUCUUUGAGUGGCCCAGCCAGAGCCCGGACAUGAAACCGAUCGAACAUCUCUGGAGGGACUUGAAAAUAGCUGUGCAGCGACGCUCCCCAGAGCUUGAGAGGCUGCAGAGAAGAAUGGGAGAAAUUCCCUAAAUACAGGUGUGCCAAGCUUGUAGCAUCAUACCCAAGAUGACUCGAGCCUGUAAUCACUGCCAAAGGUGCUUCAACCAAGUACUGAGUAAAGGGUCUGAAUACUUAUGUAAAUGUGAUAUUUCAAAUUUUCUAAAAACCUGUUUUUGCUUUGUCAUUAUGGGGUAUUGUGUGUAGAUUGAUGAGGGGAAAAACAAUUUAAUCAAUUUUAGAAUAUGGCCGUAAUGUAACAAAAUGUGGAAAAAGUCAAGGGAUCUGAAUACUUUCCGAAUGCACUGUACAAGUUUUGCUCAAAGCAGCCAACCAAAGUAAUGUAGUUAACGUAAGUUCAAUCACAAAGGCUGGUCUGAGUGAAUCUCCUCAGUUUCAUUCAGUAGUACAACACAAUUCACAUUGCAUUUUAUCAUGGGCAUAGUGGUGGAUGAGCUACCUAUUCUGGUAAAUACAGGGCCAUUUCUCUCCCCACCUGAAAAUGGCAGCUACAGACCCGAGUGUUGUCAAUGGGUUUCCGGUCCGCCAAUCUGAAAGACAAAAAAAAAUGUUUAUUUUACUAGCUAGCUAAGUUGAUGACUAAAACUAUAAGAUCUAUAGUAAAAUACCAUAACCCACAGACCUGACUAUAGCAACGGUAAAAUAGACUGUGCUUUGGUCUAUCUGCCCAUCUAACAUCCUACUAUGUGGAUGGGACAUUUCUGCUGGGAUGGAGGAAUUAUCUGGAAUGCUCAACUAGAUGAUCAGGACAGUAGGUUACCAUUUGCCCGAAGAGGUGAAGUAUUGCAAUGAGCUAUAUGACUACUUCUGAUUCUAAUACUCAACAGGAAAAUUAAAACCCUCAGCCAUAAGGUCACUGAGGAGGACCAACAGUGAUAGGGGGAUCGACUGAAAGGGAUGUAACAUAAGGAUUUUGGGCACUGGCCAGCAGACCACCAUUUCUACAUUCAGGUCCUAAAUCUGUGGCAUGCGAUGUUUGUAAAGGCAACAUGUCAAUACAAAGGUCACAACAGUCAUUAUGCUAGCGUACUGUAUGCUGGGUUUUUUUUACUUGUAAGGAUGGUAAUGUGCAUUGUACACGUAAUUACAGUCGGUGGUUAUCUAUACUGAAAAAAUAUAUAAACGCAACAUGUAAAGUGUUGGUCCCAUGUUUCAUGAGCUGAAAUAAAAGAGCCCUGAAAUGUUCCAUAGUCACAAAAAGGUUAUUUCUCUCAAAUGUUGUGCACACAUUUGUUUACAUCCCUGUUGGUGAGCAUUUUUCCAUUGCCAAGAUAAUCCAUCCACCUGACAGGUGUGUUAUAUAAAGAAGCUGAUUAAACAGCAUGAUCAUUACACAGGUGCACCUUGUGCUGCGGAAAAUAAAAAGCCACUAAAAUGUGCAGUUUUGUCACACAACACAAUGCCACAGAUGUCUCAAGUUUAGAGAGAGCUUGCAAUUGGCAUGCUGACUACAGGAAUGUCCACCAGAGCUGUUGCCAGAUAAUUUAAUGUUAAUUUCUCUACCAUAAGCCGACUCCAACUUCGUUUUAGAGAAUUUGGCAGUACAUCCAACCGGCCUCACAACCGCAGACCACGUGUAACCACGCCAGCCCAGGACCUCCACAUCCGACUUCUUCACCUGCGGGAUCGUCUGAGACCAGCCACCCGGACAGCUGAUGAAACUGAGGAGUAUUUCUGUCUGUAAUAAAGCCCUUUUGUGGGGAUAAACUCAUUCUGAUUUGCUGGGCCUGGCUCCCAAGCCAACCCAUGCCUGCGCCCCUGCCCAGUCAUGUGAAAUCCAUAGAUUAGGCCUAAUUUAUUUAUUUCAAUUGACUGAUUUCCUUAUAUGAACUGUAAUUCAGUAAAAUCGUAGAAAUUGUUGCAUGUUGCAUUUAUAUUUUGUUCAAUAUAGCUAAUUUUCAUAAGCACCUAGCUAACCACAGACAUCUGACCUAACCAAAAUAGCUUGUUAGCAGCUUGCAAACAGGGCUUACCUCAUCACACUGCUCCAGCGAUGCACGUGUGCUUAUCGGAGUAGUGGUUACAACCCGGUACAUAGCACAGAACCAUCCGUCCUUCUGAUCGACGGAGAGACCUAAGGUUAGCUAGUUCGCUGCAAAGGCCAGAGGGUAAUUAAAAAAAUUAAAGUAAUUUUAAAAUGCUACGGUAGCUAGCUAGGUCAUUUAAAAAAUGGUAAGAAAAAAAAGAAAGAAUACACACGAGAAAUACAGGAUAUCAACAAAAAGGCUAUAAUAUCUACUUGCCAGGUUACUUGUCGAUGACUUUGCAUGGAGAAAUGUGCCUUGAGGGAUGACGUCAAAGCUUGCGACAAGAUGUGUAGUUCUGUAUGAUAGCCACAUUAGCGUUUAAUUUUUGUGGGGUAAAUUACAGGUGAAUAUAUAGAUAAAAGUUACCUUGUCCGAGAGACAUUUGGCGGUUAUCAAAACGUCACGCCUGGGUAAGCCUACACGAAACACAGACCUUACAUUAAGUAGUUCUAAAAUCCCUGACCGAAAAACAAUUUCCAGGUUUUACUGCUAGGUUGUCAUAAUACCCAUAAAACCUUGAGGUCAAACAGGGAAAUGAUUCCAAUUGAUUUUCCACCUUUCAGAAACACAUCAAAUAAGGGCUGUGUUUCGUGUAGGCUUAACCUGGCGUAACGUUUUGAUAACUGUGUAAAUAUCUCUAGGACAAAGUGGUAUAUAUAUUUGCCUGUAUUUACCCCACACAAAAUAAACACUAAUUAGUUACUAACAUGGCUUUUAUUAAGAACUACAAUUCCCCAUGGGAAAAAUGAAUGGUGGAAAAACAAUUGGAACCAUUUCCCUAUUUGACCACUAGGUUUUAUGGGUAUAGUGAUGCCUCCACUGUGGGGCUCUAUAUCAACUUUAAUGAGAAGGUACUAAAAGACUAGGCAAAGGCAUGAAAAAAACGGUGUCUUGGGACCCACAUUGAAACUGAGGGCAAACUCUGCUUAGUCCAGGUAAUGUGGCUCAAAGAUCUCGUUGUACCAUAACAGAAAAGAUUUUGAAAUAUACUGACUGACAACAGUUAGAAAUCUAAACUCAAUUUGGUGUGAGGGUUGGGUCCAGUAACAGUUUUUUCCAUUAAAUGCUCCAAGACAGCAGGUGGCGCUAAUGUAAUGCAGUGUUUUCUUUUCACCGACCAGUUUAUGUGAAAUGAGAACACUGUCAAUUGUUGUUCCAAGGUCGCUACACAGAAUCAGAGAGAGGUUUCAAACAAGAUUUAUUUGAUAAAACGAACAGCUACACUUUCAUAACCAUUGCCAAUAUGUCCAAAUUACAGUUGUUGAAUGUAUUCGUCACCGAGCGUUUAUCGGCGGCUGCUGUGGAGAUAUUCGGGGUCGUGGAGAAGACUAUAGCAGAGUAUCAGGAAGAAAUCUGCCGUUCAGCAGAGGAGAACGAGCGUCUACGGAGGCUGUUGGACAUGGCUACCAAACCAGAGAUAUCGUUACACAGAGCAGGUUUGUUGUGA